AUGCGUUUCUCUACUCCUCUCGUUGCCGGCCUUGCGGUUGUCAGCCCUGCCGCGGCUGCUCCUAGCCCCAGCUAUGGCGAUAAGGAGUUGUUCAAGACUGUCAAGCCAAUCAAGCAGAUUGAGCUCGGCCCUCGACCCUACUACCUCGUCAACGACAUGGACGAGGGUUCGCUAAAGAAGAAGCUUCAGUCGUGCUCAGAGAAGCCUCAGAAGCCUUCCCAGUGGUCAAUUGCCCACCGUGGCGGUGGUACUCUUCAGUUCCCUGAGCACUCUCUCGAGUCGAACCUGGCUGGCGCUCGAAUGGGCGCUGGUAUUCUUGAGUGCGAUGUUGCUUUCACCAAGGAUCGCCAGCUCGUAUGCCGACACUCUCAGUGCGAUCUUCACUACACGACCAACAUCGUCACGAUCCCCGAGCUCAACAAGAAGUGCACCCAGCCCUUCAAGCCCGCCAAGGAUGGCAAGCCUGCUUCUGCCAAGUGCUGCACCAGCGACAUUACCCUCAAGGAGUUCAAGACUCUCUGCGCCAAGAUGGAGGGCUUCAACGCCACUGCCACCAACGCUGCCGACUUCCUCCACGGUACUCCACCUUGGCGAACCGAUCUGUACGCUACUUGCGGUACAGUUCUGAGCAACAAGGAGCACAUUCAGCUCACCAAGCGCCUUGGUCUAAAACAUACUCCUGAGCUCAAGACACCUGAGGUCAAGAUGCCCUUUGACGGCGACUAUACCCAGAAGAAGUACGCCCAGCAGCUCAUCGACGAACACAAGCAGGCUGGUGUCAAGCCUAGUGAUGUAUAUCUCCAGAGCUUCCUGUACGACGACAUUCUGUACUGGCUCAAGGCCGAGCCUGAGUACGCUCGUCAAGCCAUGUAUCUCGAUGAGACAGGCGACACACCCGAGACCUUUGAAAAGGCUGUCGCCAACCUCACCCGCUACAAGGAGGACGGUGUUCGCUAUAUCGCACCCCCUCUGCCUUAUCUCGUCACACCCGGUAAGAACGGAAAGAUCGUUCCCAGCGCGUAUGCGAAGAAGGCGAAUGAGCUCGGUCUCAAGAUCAUCACCUGGACUCUGGAGCGAUCUGGUCCUCUGAAGAACGGCGCGGACGGCAACUAUUAUUAUACGACUAUUGCGAAGCUGGUCAACAAUGAUGGUGAUGUAUUUAACUUGUUGAAUGUUUUCCGGGAGAUUGGCGUCGCUGGUGUCUUCUCGGAUUGGAGCUCGACUGUUACUUACUAUGCCAACUGCUUCGGUCUUAAGCUCUAA